ACUGCUCUCAGCUCUCCUCACGCCUUGCAGAAGCGCAGAGGCUAAACCCCCGUCUAACCCUGCUGCCGCUUGCCACUACUCCGCUUCGUUCUCCGCCGCCUCCCCGGACGUCCGGAAACUUCUAGAUUGAAGGGGGAUAGCCAUUGGCGUCAGCGUGUGUGAUGGAGGUCAGGGGACUGGGGCAGCUCCUGGCGGCGCUGGCCGCGGCGUUCUUCGUCCGCGCCAUCGCGGGACCCGGUCCCGCCCUCCUUCCGCCGGCGGAGGACACGGAGACCGACGAGGCCGACGCGGAGGCUGGCGAGGGAGGUGGUGGUGGUGUGCCGCCCGUGACCAUCCGGUGGGCUCGCAUCACCUGUGCAUUGAAGAACAAGCGCGGGGAAGUGGCAAGGUUUCUGUUGUCAAAUGUGUCAGGGGAGGCGAAACCGGGGAGGCUGCUUGCACUAAUGGGGCCAUCGGGCUCUGGCAAAACAACUUUGCUCAAUGUGCUAGCAGGGCAGCUCGCCGCAUCGUCUUCCUUGCACCUUUCCGGGUUUCUGUAUAUCAAUGGUCGGCCUAUCUCGAAGGGCGGAUAUAAGAUUGCUUUUGUCAGGCAGGAAGACCUGUUCUUCUCACAGCUCACUGUGCGGGAGACGCUCUCACUUGCUGCUGAGCUCCAGCUUCCUGACUUGUGGGCUCCUGAGAGAAAGGAGAGCUAUGUCAAUGAUCUUUUGUUACGUAUGGGGUUGGUCAAUUGUGCUGAUUCUAUUGUUGGUGAUGCAAAAGUUCGUGGAAUAAGUGGGGGUGAGAAGAAGCGCCUCUCACUUGCAUGUGAGUUGAUUGCUAGCCCUUCAGUCAUCUUUGCAGACGAACCAACAACAGGCCUUGAUGCCUUCCAAGCUGAGAAGGUCAUGGAGACUCUUCGUCAACUUGCUCAGGAUGGGCACACUGUUAUCUGUUCGAUACACCAGCCAAGAGGUUCAGUCUAUGGCAAAUUUGAUGACAUCGUACUACUGUCAGAUGGAGAAACUGUAUACAUGGGACCUGCAAAAGAAGAACCUCUAACAUACUUCUCAUCAUUAGGGUACCAGUGUCCAGAUCAUAUGAACCCUGCCGAGUUCUUGGCUGAUCUCAUUUCCAUUGAUUAUGGCUCAACUGAAAGUGUACAGUCAUCACAGAAAAGGAUCGAGAAUCUCAUUGAGGCGUUUUCUAACAAAUCUGUGGUCACUGAAGGUAACAAUUUAAUUGCAAUUCCAGAGGAUCCUGAAUUGUCUGCCAAACUUGUUCGGAAGACUACAGUGAAGAAAAGACAUGGUUGGUGGAGGCAAUUUCGUUUGCUUUUUAAGCGAGCAUGGAUGCAGGCUUUUCGUGAUGGACCAACAAACAAAGUGAGAUCACGAAUGUCUGUUGCUUCAGCAGUUAUAUUUGGAUCUGUGUUUUGGCGAAUGGGAAAAUCUCAAACAUCCAUACAAGACAGGAUGGGACUACUUCAGGUGGCUGCCAUAAACACAGCAAUGGCUGCAUUGACAAAGACUGUGGGAGUUUUCCCAAAAGAACGGAGUAUAGUUGACAGAGAACGAGCAAAAGGUUCCUAUGCACUUGGACCAUAUCUUUCAUCUAAGUUGUUGGCUGAGAUUCCCAUUGGAGCAGCAUUUCCAUUGAUAUUUGGAUCAAUUCUCUAUCCAAUGGCUAAACUUCACCCAACAUUUUCUAGAUUUGCCAAAUUCUGUGGUAUUGUGACUGUUGAGUCAUUUGCUGCAUCAGCAAUGGGUCUCACUGUUGGAGCAAUGGCUCCUACAACUGAAGCUGCAAUGGCUCUUGGGCCAUCCCUUAUGACAGUGUUUAUUGUAUUUGGAGGAUACUAUGUUAACCCUGACAAUACUCCAGUCAUAUUUCGUUGGAUCCCAAGAAUAUCUCUCAUUAGAUGGGCCUUUCAAGGGCUUUGCAUUAACGAGUUCAAGGGUCUGCAAUUUGAGCAACAACAUUCAUAUGACAUUCAAACGGGUGAACAGGCCUUGGAAAGGUUUUCAUUGGGAGGAAUUCGAAUUGCAGAUACUCUGGUUGCACAGGGUAGGAUUCUGAUGUUCUGGUACUGGUCAACCUACCUUCUUCUGAAGAAAAACAGACCGAAGUAUCAGCAGCUCCUUCCACCAUUGGAACAAGAUAAAAAUAAGCCGCAGGUGGAAUAAGCUUUUCAUUUGCAGACUUCGAAAGAAUAAAUUAAGUAUAUCUGGAGUCAAAGCGAGGCCGCGUUUUCUGCAUAAUAUCUGGUUAUGGGAGACCCCAGCAUUAUGGACGAGCCGAGGCAGUAUACGAUCCGCCGCCCAGAAGUUUUCUUUUUUAUUUUUUAGAUCCUACUAGUUGUGAAGUCAGCUCAAUGAUUGCCUGGGGCUGUGGGCUGUGGCCAUGCCGCUGCAAAUAAACUAUCUCCAAAUCGCCGUCCAAAGUACGACCACUGGCAGAGUGCCAGUAGUACUAGUUUCUUAUGGUUUUCUCUCUGUACGUGCCAGUAGUACUAGUUUCUUAAUCACGGGUGUAGUGCCUAUAAACGCGUGCCCAUUUCGGCUCAAAAUUCUCAUCAGCCUCUAUUGGAUUCGUCUUCCCUUU